AUGGGGCAGAAUUUGUGGAUCUCGAAGGACUUUCUGGCCUAUCGUGGUGGCCACAAUGGAUCGACUUUCCGGGCGCUGCGCCCCGUUUUUACGGUGGCGCGGAUAUUUUCCCUCCUGCCCGUCGGCGGGGUUUUCGGGGACUCCCUGAUGGAUCUGCAGUUCAAGUGGUUCACCCUCGGGAUCCUUUACUCGCUGAUCGUGAUCACUUUUGUCGGCUUCAUGACGAUAAUCGCAGCGCUGAAGUUCCUGGAAGAAUCUCUGACGUUCAACAACAUUGUCUCCGUGUUCUUCUAUCUCUACAACUUCUCUGCCAUUGUGAUCCUGGUGAGCAUCGCCAGGAAGUGGCCUGAGCUGAUGGUGUAUUGGCACACGGUGGAGAAGAAUCUGCCGCAGACGGAGCAUCUGUGCGGCAGGAGAUCUCUGCGGACGCGUCUGCAUCAGCUGGUGACUUCUGUCCUGCUCCUGGCGGCCGUUGAGCACGGCCUGUCCAUCGCGGCGACCAUUGAGAAGUCCCACAGAUGCCUGAAGUUCCACUCAACCUACCUGGAGCACUACUUCCGCGAGUCCCUGCCGCAUCUCUUCAUGAUCUUCAACUACCAUCCGCUGCUGGGCUGGUUCGGCUACCUCAUCAACUUCUACUGCACCUUCGUGUGGAACUUCAUGGAUCUCUUCAUCAUCGCCAUCAGCAUCGCUCUGGCCACGCGAUUCAAGCAAGUCAACGCGAAGAUCGAGCAAGCGCGCGGCAAAAUCAUGAGCGAUCUGUUCUGGAACACUCAGCGGAAUCACUAUCAGCAGGUUUCCACGCUUGUCCAGGAAGUGGACAACGUCAUCUCCAGCCUCAUCUUCCUGUCCUAUCUCAACAAUCUCUACUUCGUGUGCGUCCAAUUGCUUCACAGCCUCAAUCCAAUGGAGGAUUACAUUCAAAUAAUCUACUUUUGGUAUUCACUGAUUUUCCUCAUUCUGCGAACCUUCGGAGUCUCUCUGUACUCCUCGAAGAUUCACGAUCAAUCCAAGAGGCCGGCAGAAGUCAUCCGAUCAGUGCCAACGCCGGGCCUGAGCAGGGAAACUAAGCGAUUCCUCGAGGAAGUCACAAAUGAACAUGUCGCGCUCACGGGGAAGAAGUUCUUUCGCCUCACCAGAAAGCUCAUUCUCAAGAUCACUGGAACGAUCGUGACGUACGAAUUGGUGCUGAUUCAAGUGAGUCCUGGCGGAAAGGUGACAACAGAUCACGCGGGAAAUCCAAAUCUCUGCCGAUAGAAUUCAUAAAUU